UAAAAUAUGAUUGUUGCAUCUAAAUUCAGCUAUAUAUUUUCUUCGUCUGCACAUCAAUGUAUAUCAUUAUAAAUCUAUGUACGUUAUAAAUUAUACUGGUCUUAUUUAUUGAACCUCAACGGUUAGGAGGUCAAUUAAUUAACGCGAUUUUGGCAAAAUUGCAAUUCCUAUGGAAAAAGAGCUACAUCAUCGUCCUAUUAUACGGUCCAAAUUCUUCCCCAAGCCUUUACCCCCCUUGCAGCCUGGACCUGUGUAUGACGACAUCGGAUUCACGUUAAGCGAGCGAUUGGCUCUGAAGCAGGCUUGGUUUCUGCUCAAGCCGUACGAGCGGCGCCACGGUACUAAUGUUUUUUAUACCUUUCUCGUAGAGCACUACCGUGCCAUCAAUAGGUUUCGGACGCCAAACAUGGGCAUUAAUCUGCACGGCUUGCACACACACGCCGUGCUCAUCAUGCGCUUUUUUGGCGCCCUUAUUGAGGGCCUGAACGAAGAUACUGGGCUCUUUCAUAUGUUGAUGACCGAUCACAACACCUUGCACAAGCGCUGCGGUGUCGCUUCCAACGAUGUUUAUCUGCUCGGUGUUGCCCUCAAGGAGCAUAUUCUAAAAAUCUUGCGGAAUGUCAGCUCGGUAACACUUGAGAGGGGCUUGCAAAAGAUCAUAGACAAAUUUCGCGUGUACCACAUGCAGCUAAAGCCCAAGGGAAAAACGCGCCUUAAAUUGAGCCAUGGCGUCAGUGCGAUAUCCCUCAAAAAUUAAUUAUAACGUGUCAAUAUUAAUUCAUUUGGCUUAACGGUAUAGUAUAAUUAAAUCCCUUAGAAAUAAGAAUUCGUGAAUAAAUGUAUGUAUCAGCUAUUUCACAAUG